CAUAAAUACCGAGACGUGCAACGUCAACCCAUCCCAAUUGUUUCUUUCCCCUCACGUUGCGAUUUCUUGGCCGAGCUUGCUUUGGUUCCCAAACGAUAAAAAGUAAAAUACCUGCCCAAUUCUUUUCGGGUUGCGACAAGCUCUUCCACCCACCAUUAGUCGCAAGCGCGAGCCACCAUCUGCCACCGUCUGCCACUGUCUGCAGCAGCUCCACCUCCCUGACAGCCGUCGCGAUCCAGCAUGUCUGCGCCGGCCAACACCAACAUGUCGGGGGCCACCAACGGCGCGGGCGGCGCUGGCACCUCGAGGGCCGCCAAGGCGCCCGAGUCUGGCGAUGGGCCAACCGUCGGCUUCCGGCCCCAGGUCAACAUGACGGUCCAGCCGCCGCGCCAGGAGGACCUGCAGAAGUCGUACGCGAGUAUUGUCGGCGACGACUCGAACCCCAAGGGCUUCUACGGCAUCAUGAUCAAUGCCUUCGGUGCCAUCAUCGGAACCAUGGGCUCCGUCCCCUGCUGCAUCUGCUGCCCCAACCCAUACAAGAAUGUGAAUCAGGGCAACGUCGGUCUGGUCACCAAAUUCGGCCGCUUCUACAAGGCCGUUGACCCUGGCCUGGUCAAGAUCAACCCCCUGAGCGAGCGCCUUGUCCAGGUUGAUGUCAAGAUUCAGAUCGUCGAGGUCCCGAAGCAGGUCUGCAUGACCAAGGACAACGUGACGCUGAACCUCACGUCGGUCAUCUACUACCACAUCGUGUCCCCGCACAAGGCCGCCUUCGGCAUCGCCAACGUGCGCCAGGCGCUCGUGGAGCGGACGCAGACGACGCUCCGCCACGUCGUGGGCGCGCGCGUGCUCCAAGACGUCAUCGAGCGGCGCGAGGAGGUCGCGCAGUCCAUCGGCGAGAUCAUCGAGGACGUCGCCGCGGGCUGGGGCGUGCAGGUCGAGAGCAUGCUCAUCAAGGAUAUCAUCUUCAGCCAGGAGCUCCAGGAGUCGCUGUCGAUGGCGGCUCAGAGCAAGCGCAUCGGAGAGUCCAAGAUCAUCGCGGCCAAGGCCGAGGUCGAGUCGGCCAAGUUGAUGCGCCAAGCCGCCGACAUCCUCUCGAGCGCGCCCGCCAUGCAGAUCCGUUACCUGGAGGCGAUGCAGGCCAUGGCCAAGUCGGCUAACAGCAAGGUCAUCUUCCUGCCAGGCGUCAACCAGACCAUGCCGACGACGCAGCAGUUCGCCGCCGCCAACAGCUCGAGGGCCGCCGGGGGUGACGAUGACGACAACAACCCCUUCCGCGAGUUCGCCGCUAGUGACAAUAGCGGGUAUCAGCAGGCCCUGAAUGCCCGCGUGAUUGAGAACAUUUGAGUCAUGAGGGGAACCCCAUGAAUUCUAUCUUGUUUUUGUACAUUCUGGGCUAUGCUAUGCCCUGUUCCCUUUGGAACGCCGCUAGCCUUUUGCUCCCGUCUUCGUCACCCAAAGACGGAUGGACAGAUGGGCUUGGCACGUCCAGUUCCUUGGAUCUUUUUGGAUUUUCCUAUGUAUUUUUUAUGAUAUGGCACUCGCUAUGAUUGGACGCAAUGGACCGUGUCAGUAAGGCGGAGGGGGUGGAAGGAAACGAGAUACCUGGGAUCGGCGGUUGGGAGGAUAUAAUCAGGAAGGAUACCCCUCUUUCGGUCGUUUUUGCAAGUCAUUUAUUUACAGUCGAUCGCUGUGUCGGUAGCUUGCGCACAAAUUGAGAAACGCCAGUGUCUUUGGAUCUGGAGCGUUGGAUUUGGAUACCAGAUUCGUUGGUGUUGUGUCUGAUGCUUACAAA